GGUGGAGUUGUUAUAUCGGUCAUUGUGCGCUCGCCCUGUCUUCGGUGCGGCCCGAGAAGGGAGGGCCCUGGGCGCACGGAGGGCGUUAAAGGACAGGUGCGGCCCGGGACCCGAGGGGCUCCGUAGAGAGGCCGGGCCUCCGCUCGUCCGCCCGGCCGCUGGGCCCCGCGCUGAGCCGGGGCGGGAAGGGCGCCGUGCGGGGCGUUGGCGUCCCCUGCGCUUCCCUGGUCAGAGCCUCCGCGUCACCUUCGAGACUUUUCCCCAGAAGGAGAAGCAGCUCCGCUGUGCGAGUUCCGUUGCUGAGGCCCCGCGCCCUCCGGUCCUCAGGACCUGCGACCCCGCCGUGUGCCUGUCUUCUUUCUAAGGACAUUUUCUGCCUUCCUGAGGAAAAGAUACAAGUAGAGAAAGGAUGGCGACUGACUGUUUGACAAGUUGUUCUCAGGUAAUUACAAGGACUCAGUUUCCUUUGCCGAUGUGGCUGUGCACUUCACUCAAGAGGAGUGGACUUUACUGGGCCUGACUGAGAAAAAUUUAUACAGAGACGUGAUGCUGGAGAACUAUAAGAACCUGACCACAGUAGGGUAUCAGUUGUUUAAACCCAAUGUGAUCUCUUGGUUGGAAGAAGAGGAGUUAGGGACAGUGGAGAGAGUCCUCGAAGAAUGGGCAAUACAACUGAAAACCAAAGACUCAGCAAUUCAGCAGGUUAGUUCUGAGGCAAAAGCAUCUGCUAGGAUAGAAAUGGAAAGAAUCCCCAGUGGGUGGGAACUCUAUGAUUGUGAGCAGUGUGGGAAACACUUCAGUGAAUGUUCAUGCCUUGAGACACACAGGAGAGCUCACGAUGGAGGGAACCCUCAUGAUGAUGAUCAGUAUGGGAAAAGCUUCCUUACUCUGCAGAAGAAAACCUCUACUGGAGAGAAGCUUUUCAUGUUGAAUCAGUUGGGAAAAGCCAUCAGCCCGACUCUAGAUAUUGUGUACUGGAAAACUAGCAUGCAAGGGGAAGACUUUGAAUGCAGUGAUGGUGGAAAAGCCUUUGCUGAUCACUCUUACCUUUGGGCCCAAAUGAGAACUCACAAUGGAGAAAAACUCCAUGAAAGGAAGGAAUGUGGGAGAUCUUUUAUUCACUCCACAAGUGUUGGUGUACAUAUACAAACUCACACCGGUAAUAGUCAUUAUGAAUGUAAUGAAUGUGGAAAAUCCUUUAAAGGUUUCCAUACCUGAACUCUCACGUUCAGAUUCAUACUGGAAUAAAACCCUUUAAGUGUAAGGAAUGUGGGAAGGCCUUCACUCGAUAUGAGUCCCUUACUGUCCAUAGAAGAACUCACACUGGACCGAAGCCUUUUAAAUGUGGCAAAUGUGGGAAAGCCUUUGCUUCUUCCUCAAGUCAUAGUAAACAUUUUAGAACUCACACUGGUGAGAAGCGUUUUGAGUGUAAUAUAUGUGAAAAAAGAUUUACCAGAUCUUCAUACUUAAUCAUUCACAAGCGUACUCACACUGGAGGGAAUCCCUAUAAAUGUAAGGAAUGUGGGGAAGAGUUCAGUUCUUCUAUAGACCAUGACAGUCACAAGCAAACUCACACCAGACAGAAACCCUAUGAAUGUAACAAGUGUGGCAAAGGCUUUACACGUCCUGUGCAUCUUAACAUUCACAUGAGCACUCACACUGGAGAGAAACCCUAUGAAUGUAAGGAAUGUGGGAAAGCCUUCGCUUGAUAUGCAUGCCUUAUUCGCCAUGGAAGAACUCACACUGGAGAGAAGCCUUUUAAAUGUGACAAAUGUGGGAAAGCCUUUGCUAUGUCCUCAAAUCUUGGUGAACAUUUUAGAAUUCAUACUGGAGAAAAGCGUUUUGGUUGUAAUAUAUGUGGGAAAAAAUUUGCUAGGGCUUCAUAUGUAAUCAUUCACAAGCGUACUCACACUGGAGAGAAACCCUGUAAAUGUAAGGAAUGUGGAAAGGGCUUUCAAUGUUGUCACCUUAGGAUUCACAAGCAAACUCAUACUGGAGAAAAACCCUAUUAACAUAAGGAAUUUGGGGAAGCCUUCACUAAAUCGUCAGGCUGUAUUGACCACAUAAAAGCUCACAGUGGAGAGAAGCCCUUUAAAUGUGACAUAUAUAGGAAAACCUUUGAUAGUUCCUCAAAUCUUGAUAAACAUUUUAGACCCAUACUAGACAUAAGCCCUUUUGAGUGUAACGUGUGUAGGAAAAUAUUUACCAGUUCUUGGUACUUGAUGAUUCAGAAGUGUACUCACACUGGAGAGAAACCUUAGAAAUGUAAGGAAUGUUGGAAAUCCUUCAGUUUCCCAGUUCCUUUUGGUGUCAUGAAGGAAAUCCCCUGGAGAGAAAGUGUAUUAGCGUAAGGAAUGUGGUAAAACCCUCAGGAGUCCUUAUUCACUCCAAAGGUAUGAAAGGACCGCACUGCAGAGAUGCUUUCCAAUUAAGAAAUGAAGGAAAGCCAUGAGAUUCUCCUCACAGCCCAGCAUGUAAGGACUAACAGUGAAGCCAUAGUAUUAAGAAACAUGGAAAGCCCUUCCCUAUUUCCUCAGUGAAAUAUGUAUUUCUUACAUGUGAGAGAUCUCACAGUGGAGACAAAUCCAGCUGAUAGGUGGGAAAAUUGUUCUGCCAGUGUUCACUUGUGAUUUCACUUUGGAGAAAAGCUUUACGAAUGUAAGAAAUGUUGUAGAGUCGUUAUUUCCCAUUGUAUCAUUUCUCAUCUUUAGUAAAGGUGGUGAUCUACAGUCAAGAGGAAGUGAGUACAGGAAAUAGGGGAAGUGCUACCCUGAGUGUGUGAAUCUUAGGGUCUUCUGAGAUGCAUAGCAUCCUGGGUGGUUCUCUAGAUCUAUUUUAAGCCUUUGUGAUUAGGCCCUAACCAUUCUUGUGCAUGAUGUCUCUUUCUUUCUGCUGAUAGGCCAGUCUAGUUCCCCCACAUUCCAAGUUGCACCCUGGUCAAAAGUUGGUCUACACCAUUCACAUCUAAUCCUCUUCUAACUACCUCAUCUCUCUUGUUGGAUUGACAUGGUCUUACAUUGUGAAGGCAGUGUCUGCUUGACUGUGUGGAGUGCUCACUGAACUCAUUUAGGGUGAGUCAUGCUGGCCACUGUAUUUGGUGGUAAAAAGACAUCUCUGUAAAUUUUAUAAAAUUAUCUUUUCCCUCUCACACGAGAUCCUUUCAGAUAAAAAGUCAGUUUCAAGCAUGGUGUAGUUGAGAGAGAACUGAGAGAACACUUACAAUGUGGGAUACCCUGAUCUCAUGAUCUUUGUGGGUGAACAACAACCCUACUACCUCGGGAGGACUUUUAACCUCAAGCUGUACAGGAUGAUGGUGAGAAUCAGGAAUGUUCUCUUUCACAGCAUACCCCACCACAGCCUGGCAAAAUAAUGAUCUCAUUUGUCUGCCUCAAGCAACUGUUACUGGUGAUAGGACCUGCUUCUAUGUUUGUCAUUCGAUCCAUGGGCUGUGGAAAUAGAAAAACUCAUGUCAGUAUACCCGGUCUGGAUAAUCUGCUGUGCUGCAGGCCCUUUUUGGGAGGGCAUCGCCUCAGUGUGAACCCUGGAUGUAGACAGACCAGCACAAUAUCAUUUCACCUUCAGUGAUACACGUUCACAUGGUUUGGAUGCUCAAGCAACCUUGGCUGUGUCAGGUAUGGCCAUCAGGCAUGCAGAUGCUUGAUGACACCUUCUUGUGACUUGAAGCACUGUAUGAGAAUCUAAAUCAAGCUUAAUAAGUCCCGAACAAGAAUUCUGUGUUAUGUUUGUGUCACAUGUUUGUGUGUUUGGAGGAGUAUGUCAUGUUGUGGUUCACCUGGGGUAGGUAUUUUGUUAUUCAGUGCCUCUGUUGUCCUUUUAAUUAUUGGCAACAACACCAAAGAUCAGCUGAUUAUUUUUAACCUUUUGUGUGUAGUGUAAGGUCGUGGAUUGACCUUAGAUGAGAUCCUGAUUGUAAGAAGACCUGGUGGUCCUAUCAGAAGUUGUCACUGUUGCCACAGUCUAAGAGCUUGUGGGUAGUGUUUGAGGUCACUUCUGCAGAUUGGCCUUAUCCUGCUGCCUGCACUGUUAUAGUGGCAGCAUCCUCAAUAAGGGCUGUGCAAGAGAAAUGGAGGAGAUUUCGUCCCAGCUUUUGUUGGUUAGUGGCUGAGAAAUGGGCAUAUUCAUGUGAAUACACUCCAAAAGCCAAGAUGAUGUGAGCCAUAUAUGCUACAACACAGUGAGUCUUUAAAAAUAUUCUAAGUGGAAAAAAGCUAUUGAUUAAAAAUUGUAUGAUUCCAUAUAUAUGAAGUGUCUAGAAAAUCUGAAUCUAUUGAGACAGGAGAUUUGUGUUCACCUGUAAAGUGAGAAGGCAAAUGGGGAUUUUGACUGCCAACAGCUGCAUUGGAAAUGAUGAAAAUAUUCUAACACUUCUCUGCAUUCUAAAAGCCUCUACAUUUACUAAACAAUGUUGAAUUAUAUAAAUGGAUGAAUUGUAUGCUAUGUGAAUUAUAUCAAGAAAGCUGUUUCAAGAAACAAAAGGGAAAAUUGUGA